AUGUCGGCAGCACUUACGGCUCGGCUGGCUCAGCCAUAUCCUGGACCUUCACUUCCCAGUCCAUCGCAUAUCCGCCUCGUCUACCUACACCCCGGAACAGAUGAAGCUGUUUAUUGCGAGCCAAUAACCGUCUCUAUUGAAUCCGCACCAAGUUAUGAGGCUUUAUCAUACACCUGGGGCGAUCCCUCCCGUAGAGAGAGCAUCAACAUGACCACGCAAGGCUCCGAGACUACGCAACAAUUCUCAGUAACUUCCAACUGCUACUCUGCCCUGAAACGCCUUCGGUAUAGAGAUAGGACCAGGGUUCUGUGGAUUGACGCCUUGGCUAUUGAUCAAUCUAAUGUUGACGAGAGAAACUAUCAGGUCAGUCUCAUGUCAAGGAUAUACUCUCAAGCUGCGAGUGUAGUCGUUUAUCUCGGUGAAUCUGGAGACAACAGCGACUUGGCCAUCGCAUUCAUCAUGGAAUGCGAUGGCCCAUCCCAAGGCACCACGUCUCUGAGCUUUCCAAAGUCGGAUAUCUUGAUGGGUGCACUCCGGAAUUUCUUCCUCCGCCCUUGGUUCACCAGGGUCUGGGUAAUUCAGGAAGUCUUCCUAUCAACCGACAAGAUUAUAUACUGUGGAGAAAAAGAACUAUUACCUCGUCAAUACGAGACUACGGUUUCGAUUGCCAUACGUGGUUUCAGCAUCAAACAGACAUUUUGA